CGUUAAUAUACCUAGGUUCUUGCCUGGAGGUAUUGGUGAUCCCCUGCUACUAGACACGGAAGCCUGUUAAGCGAAAGCUUCUUCUAUUCCGUCCACAACCAUUUGAACCAUUCUGGAACAGUUGACCUAUUUAAUUGUUGGCGCUAGAUUGUACUGCUACGUCACGUGAGUUUCAUUUCACUUAUUGAGUUCAGCCAAAUAGCCUAUCUUCCGCUAAUAUUCGUGGCACAGAUUCAGGAUUUUUUAAUCAACCCACUUCACAGGAUAAAGCUGGACUCUCUAUUCACAUAUAUUGUCAGUUGAGAUGAAGUUUUGCACCAGAUCCAGGCAACCAAUAAAGGGGAAAUUGCGUUAGAAAAUAAUGGGAGAACGCACCUUGAUGUCUGCCUGUCUGGGGGAAAUAAUGCGGAUGUCUUUCUGUUUUAAAUGUCUCUGAGCUUAUUGAAAAGAACGUCAUGUCGUACAUUAUGAAUAGCUGACAGAUGCUAGAGCAUCGAUCGUUAUGUAUUUUAAUUGUAAUAGCUAAGUUAGCUUAGGCGCUUAAGCUGACGAUAGAAGAGAUUCUUCUCGAGUAAAACAGCCAUUAAGGGGGCGUUUAUACAAAACGGUGUAAAAUAUAACGUAGAAGACGACACAUGCGAUAUUUUUAUCACUUGUAUCACCCCUGUUACCUUUAUUUUUCCCGACAUUAAGCGCUUUUGUUCAACCUAUAUCCCUCUUAUGGAUUCAUAACUCAAAAAGACUUUCGCACCCGAAUUUCCACAAGCCGUAUCUAGGUUGCUUGGUUGUGACAAUGUGCACACUGGAUAAAAACUCCAUAACUGUUAAUAAGAUGUGGACGUUAAAAAUGUAUUUACAGUUAGAAAAAUUAUAGAAGAGAUACACACGAAAUCAAGUGGAGUUUUCUUACAUGGAUUUAAUUUAAUGCAGUUUGUUAUUCGGUGUAGGUUUCGAGGCGAAAAAUAGGAUAAUUACAAGUUGCAAUAGUUUCAGAUAUAUCAAUGUAUUAACAUAAUGAACAAGCUUCUAUCGUAUUUGUAGAGGAAAAUUUUUCUCUCGUCUGAGGGUGAGAUGAAUCCAAAUUCGUCUAGUAAUUAUAAAGCGGAAAACGAAGAUAUUUAGGGGAGUAAUCUGACUUACUGCCCUAGGAGCGAGUUGAAAUAUACAGUCAAAUAAUCUAGUCUUUUGGACCUAUUUUACGUUUGUCAGUUUCAUUUCAAAGGCAAUGAAAAUAUAAUUUCUUAUCUGACAAAAUCUGGGUUUUAGUUGUUGCUGGUUCAGCGAGGUCAGGAAAAAUAUUAUUUACGCCUGUUAACCUCUGUGGAGCUUAAGCCGUCUACCAUUAUUCUCCAUCGAACUCUAUCCUGGGCAAUCCUAUCCAGUAGCUUCCUGUGGCUAUUCAUCUUUUACAUGUCUGCUUCCGAUUCCCGGUACUGUGUUCUUUGGUCUUCCUCGUUUCCAUAUUGCUUAAGGAUUUCAUGCUAGCGCUUAGGUGAUUUCCCUAAUGUAUAUCCUAUCCACUUCCAGGGUCUCUCCCUAAUUUGCUCCAGUCCUCACUUUGAAUAAGUCUAUCAGCUGUCCUCCACCCAUGACUUUUCAGUGUAGUCCGUCGUAUAAAUUCCGAUUUAUGUUGACGAUUCCCUAAGGUACACCAGUGUCGAGGAAGGUUCCAUAAUGUUCUAUCCAUAGUCAAUGCUUUCUCAUAAUCAAGGAAGUUGAUGUAUAGUGACAAAUUUUAUUCAAUCUAUUGUUUAACAAUAAUCCUUAUUUUAUUUCACUAAAAUCUGUUUUCUUAACAAUAUCCCACCUAUAGGUCACGCUAUUUUUCUCAUCAUAGCUAUCCUGAAGUGCAAAAGCACGUUUAAAGUUUAGACUCGUAUCAGUUCUCAUAUCGUCCUAGACAUGUACGUUUGUUUUGAUCUUAUUAUUUACUGAAAGCAGAUAUAUUGGAAAAGCAUUACUCAGAAAGAUUGAUACACAAUGCAUACAUAACAUGUCAGGAUUUUUAGCCACCUCUGACGUGUGUCCGGUAGCAUAUUACGAACUUAUUCCCACUAACAUAGUGAGAAAAAGCUAACUCAACUCGUGCAACUCCUUCCUUUUUCAUCCUCCCUAGUAAUCCUUCACACUAUGGAACCACUCUUCUACAGUGCUUCGAUAGGUACUGUCUAUUCCUAACAUUAGUGUAAUCAAGGUUGCCCCCAGCAGAAAUGGUGGCCGAAAAUUAAGAAAUAUGGGCUUUGUGUCACUAUUGGUGACUAGCAGCUGUAUGUAAACCUGUCAUAUAUUGCUUAUUGCUACUGCUCCCUUUCGCUUAUGUUCAUUAAUUAGUAUUGCUUGAGUUUACUACUCUGUUUUACUGAACAAGUUAAUUUAUUUAAGCUACUAUUAGAUACCUUGAAAACUUCAUCUAAAAUAUUUCGGACUACACUUUCAACUAAUUACUUAGACAUAUUCGUGCAAUCUCAUUCAUAACACAGUCGGUCUCGAGAAUCAUCGAUGGACAUUUGAUCAGUGAUGUCUGUAUUCCAUGAUGAAAUAGAAAUCGAGGAUAUGGAGUAUGAUGAAGAAUCCGAAACGUAUUCCUAUCCUUGUCCGUGUGGUGAUCGAUUUUUAAUUACCAAGGAAGAUUUAUUGUGUGGUGAUGAUAUAGCACGAUGUCCAAGCUGUUCUCUUUACGUGCGUGUUAUCUAUGAUAUGGAAAAUAUACUCCCCAACCUGAAAGAAUCAUCAGCUGAAAUAAUGGUUUCCUAAAGAAAUUGUAUUCCCUCCAACGAUUCCAAACAAAUCUCAGCUGGCAAACAUUUCUCGAAUCCAUUCUUUUAAGUUAUGACCACUAUAAGAACCUCAUGAACGACCUUAACUUAUGCCAUUCCCAUCGGUCUUCAAAAAACUAACUUUCAGUCCAUAUUUUUCUACUUUUCUUUCAUCAAAUACAAUUGACUAAUCUGGUGUGCGUUUUACAUAUUCUAUAUUAUUUGAUAUAUCAAAACGUGUAUGCUAUUGUGAUUAGUACGAACAAGAUUUGAAAUCUAGAAUUACUUGUAUCUCUCAUUUGUGCAGUUGGAUGAAAAUUACCUAAGUGUAAAUGUAUGUUGGCCAAUGCAAAUAAAACGUCCAGUGGAAAAGUUUUGAUAAACAGCAUUUCACCAAAAUUAAGUACAUGGAAACACUGCAGGUAUUUACUCAGCCUUGCAAUAAAAAACAACUAAAUAUUUGAGAGAAAACAAAUCGAAUAAUUUUGCAUGUAAACAACCGUUUCUAUCUUUGGUCUUUGUCUAUUAAAUCAUUCACGAUUGUUUGCAAUUCUCUUUUAAAAGUUAUAGAUGAAAAUUUCUCACCAACAUGUUCACAUCCUGCCUUCCCCAAACGAUCUGCAAGCUCUGGAUCAUUUACAAAUCUGAAAUAAACAUAAUUAUUUUUUAGAGCCUAGCGAAUUUGAAUAAAACAGAGAAGUAUUAUUUAGUGCUAGAAUAAAUAAAGUUAAUUUGCGAAUGAUUAUCAGUUGUUUCGAA